UAAUCAGAGUUAUUCCUAAACUCCCAAGCAAUUUACAACUCAUUAAAUAUUUCCCAAUGGUUGCCUAGCAAAGUGCAAAACUAAUUUUCCGUUCAGUGAUUCCGUUUUACCGAAACCAAAAGGGUUUCAAACAAAAACCCACGCGGAAGUCCUUAAACGACCCACUGCAAUCCCAAAAAAAAGGAGAUAAGAUAGAAAAACAAAUACGGAUACGACUUGACUACAAAGAAGGACACAAUACGCGCAGCAAAGGCGGCUGAACAAUUUUAGGGCCUGUCGUCGACUGCUUAUCGGCCAUGUGCCACAAAGGAUGCGGCAGCGGAUACGCCAGACAGUAUUAAUAACGCAUUGAUACGAGUGGGCGGCCGAUUUGGUAUUGUUUUUCCAAUCGAACUCGUGGCGCAAGGAGUCCGCAAUUAAUCGACGACAGCUAGCAUGUUGCAAGGCGUCGCCAUCGACAUUACCAUCGCCAACGACAGCAACGAUGAUGGCCUCAAUCAAUCAUUCAUGGCUCAUGUGUCGCCCAGUACCAAUCAGAUCCCCACCAUCGCCACCACCAUGCCCACCAGUCCCAGCGAGAGCCCCGAGCUGCUGCUGCUGAAGAAUGACAAAUUCCUAACACAUGUCGCCCAUCUGCUGAACAUAACGACCGAGAAUCUUUCCAAUCUCCUGGGCUCCACGAAUGGCACCAAUGCGAGUGGCACCAUGGUAUCGGAUUCGCCGAUGGACGAGUCCCUGACCCUGCGUACCGCCUUCACAGUCUGCUAUGCCCUCAUUUUUGUGGCCGGCGUGCUAGGUAAUCUAAUCACCUGCAUUGUCAUUUCGCGGAAUAACUUCAUGCACACGGCCACCAACUUCUAUCUGUUCAACCUGGCUGUCUCCGAUCUGAUAUUGUUGGUCUCAGGCAUCCCCCAGGAGCUGUAUAACCUUUGGUAUCCGGAUAUGUAUCCUUUCACGGACGCCAUGUGCAUCAUGGGCAGUGUGCUCUCCGAAAUGGCCGCCAAUGCCACGGUUCUCACCAUCACAGCCUUCACUGUAGAGCGAUAUAUUGCCAUCUGUCAUCCCUUUCGGCAGCACACCAUGUCAAAAUUGUCGCGGGCCAUUAAAUUUAUAUUCGCCAUUUGGCUGGCUGCCUUCCUUUUGGCCCUGCCCCAGGCCAUGCAGUUCUCGGUGGUGUACCAAAACGAGGGCUACUCCUGCACGAUGGAGAACGACUUUUAUGCCCAUGUGUUCGCCGUCUCCGGAUUUAUCUUCUUUGGUGGACCCAUGACAGCGAUUUGUGUGCUCUACGUGCUCAUUGGUGUGAAGUUGAAGAGGAGUCGCCUGCUGCAAUCGCUGCCGCGGAGAACCUAUGAUGCGAAUAGGGGCCUCAAUGCCCAGGGACGAGUCAUCAGAAUGUUGGUAGCUGUAGCCGUCGCCUUCUUCCUCUGCUGGGCUCCCUUCCACGCCCAACGACUGAUGGCCGUCUACGGACUGAACCUGAUUAAUAUAGGCAUCAGCCGGGAUGCCUUCAACGACUACUUCCGGAUACUUGAUUACACGUCCGGUGUGCUCUACUUCCUCUCCACCUGCAUCAACCCACUGCUGUACAACAUUAUGAGUCACAAGUUCCGCGAGGCUUUUAAGAUUACUCUCACAAGGCAGUUUGGCCUGGCCAGGAACCACCACCACCAGCAAAGUCAGCACCACCAGCACAACUACAGUGCUUUGCUAAGGCAAAAUGGAUCGAUGCGUUUGCAACCGGCCAGUUGCAGUGUGAAUAACAACGCCCUGGAGCCCUACGGAUCCUACCGGGUGGUGCAGUUCCGUUGCCGGGAUGCGAGCCACCAGUUGUCCCUGCAGGACAGCAUUCGCACCACCACCACCACCACCACGAUAAACAGCAACAGCUUGGCAGCCGGAAACGGAAAUGGCGUGGGCGUGGUAAUUGGUAAUACACGAAGGAUGCGAAAACAGGAGUUCUAUGGCCCGGUUGUGCCGGGCACCGCAGUUCCCCAUCGAAUGCUGCAGGCUCAGGUGUCCCAACUCUCGUCGCUGGGCGAUGCCAACUCCCUGUUGGAGGCGGAAGUGGUGGACAGGCACUACGCCUCCGGUCGGGCCAAAAGGGCUCUGUUGGCCACCAAAAGUGGUGCUCUGCUGGUGACACCCAACCAAAGUGCUGCUGAUCCCUCGGAAGUCAGUCAGCCUGCCACUCGGCUCAAGCUGACGAGGGUGAUAAGCCGCAGGGAUGAGGUGACCAGCCACAGUUUGCCGGAUCCGGAGACAUGUCAAACGGCAUCGAUUGCAGGUCGAAGUUCCCGAAAAUUCCCCUGGCGCAAGCGGAGGCAAAAAACCGAGGAUCCCAGCAGCGAGGGCGGCUUGACCUUUGGCUCACCCAAAUCCCAGUGAUUCCGGCUGGCUGAUAACUAGAGUUAUGCUUAGUUAGGCAUUGUUUAGUUAGCGCAAUAAACUUUUCGAUCUGUAAAUAAGCCAGAGAAAGUCCAGCGAUUUGCAUGCAAAUUUCGGUUGGCCAUAAAAAAAAAAAUAGAACGAAUGGGCAAGGUCCAGACGAUUUAUGUGAAGCAUAAAGCCGGGAUAAUGAGGCAACAAAGCGUCGUGACGAAAAAUGCCACGCCCCAUGCCCCAUGCCCCGCAUCUUUUUGCGAUGGCAACCGCAUCGCACUCAUAAAUUAAGUGUUAAGUGUUGAGCUA